AGCGCUAAGGGGCGGGGCUGGUGUGACGUCAGCGACAUAGGGGCGGGUCUAUACAGAAGCACUAUCCUGCAGUUGGAGGAGGAAAUGAAAGCUUCGAAGAAAGCCGAGGAGAGCGCUGCGACCGCUGUAGUGUGCCUGCAGGUGCGGAUCCGUCUGUGCAGAUACCAGAUGCGCAAUAUGCUUGGAUAGGUCUGCAAUCCGGAGCUGCGGUGCGGAACUGAGUCACCCCGGGCUGCAGACAGAUGUCUGUGAACACCAGGGUCAAGCUGGUGGUGACAGGAGAUGACUUUGGUUACUGCCCUCGCAGGGAUGUUGGCAUUGUGGAAUGUUUCAACACCGGCGCCAUUACGAACGUCUCUCUUCUGGUGAAUGGCAGCUCUGCAGCGUGUGCGGCAGACCUAGCACGCAGGUGUAAUAUUCCUAUAGGUUUGCAUGCUAAUCUCUCAGAGGGCAUACCAGUAUGUCGAGAGCUUCGUCAGAACUCCACUCUUGUCAAUUCUCGAGGAGUCUUUCUUGGAAAGAUGGGCAUACGAAAAGCACUGGCACAAGGGCUCCUUAUCAUGUCGGAGGUUCGUCAAGAAUUGAAUGCCCAGGUCAAGCUGUUUCGUGAGUUGACCGGACAGUACCCCCAGCAUAUGGAUGGACAUCAGCAUGUUCAUGUUUUACCAAAAAUCCGAGAGGAAUUUGCACAUGUGCUGAAGGAACAUGGUAUUUGUUACACGCGUAUUCCAGUGGAGAUAGGACUGCACAGAUGUAACUGGAUCAAGGAGGAACUAAUGGAAUUUUAUCGAAGCGUGGAGAAGGAUGCGUUAAAUAGUGUGGAAAUCUUCAGAAGCCAAGGGAUUCGGUGGCCUGAUGUAUACAUUGGUCUGAGUACCAUGGGGGAGAACAUGACGGUAAAGAAUAUUCAGCGAGCCCUCGAUUACAGCACUGAGUCUUUUCACAGCUGCCUAACACAACAGAGCUCCCUGUACAGUCUGACGUCUGGCUCCAGUACCAGUAUUGAACUAAUGACCCACCCUGGCUACCCCAGUAUAUUAUCUGAAGGGGGCUGUGGGGAGGGCCCUGAUGACUUUUCCCAGUCUUGGGAAAGAUUGCAUGAAAUGAAAAUUCUUAAAGACCCAUUAUUGCAUAGUUCCUACAGUGAAAGAGGUAUACAACUGUGUGCAUUUAGAGACUUAUGAUAGAGGGUUUAUGAUGUGCAUUCUGUUGAACAGCAAAUGGUAACAUACUAGCAUACAAAAAAAUUGGGGAUCAGGAAGAAAUGUUUGUUUUUUGUGAAACAUUUAAAGGGGUAUUCCAGCUUAGACACCCUGCCAGGGCCAGGACAGAUAUGUACCUAAAGUGAAUUCAUCAUUAGCAUGGUCUGCAAAAUAAAGUUAAUUUAAAAGUAAUUUAAAUGUAAAUUCUGUAUAAAUAUAGUAGAUAUUUUUAAAAUUUCAAACCAUUACCAAGGACAAUGUUCAAAUAUCUACUAUUACGAGUGUAAAUGCUGAUUUUGCUGCCUAACAAGUGUGCAAUUCAGGGUCUAUAAAACUUCACUGCAUUUUAUCAAUUUGCAUUGAGAAAAUCAUUAAAGUAUUCUAUUCUGUA